AUGGAAACAGAAAAAUCAGGUUUAUUAUCGAAGGCCGAGGAGAUCCACUACCGCAAAUCCAAGCGAAUUCUAAGAAUUUUCCAGAAAGCAAGGGUCGAGAGGAGAAGAAGAACAGACGCAGAAGUAUACUUAUUAGAACGACAAGGUAACGAAACCAUAGGUGAGAGAGCUAUAAAGUCAGCACGCGACAAAAAUACGCUCCCUGAUGUUAAAUCUAAACGUCGUCAUGAAACGAAGAUGAUGCGUCAUUUUCUGCCAAAAUUGACUGACAGCGACUGGUCUGCUACAUCGCCUUCAACAUCAGAUGUAUCUUCAGAUAAAACCUUUACGUCAGCUGUCGAAGACGACGAGGAACUCCGCGCAGUUGGCGGGCGAAAGAGAAGCGUCCUCGCGUGGAGCACGUGUGUAUUUCCAGCCAUACUAGUGGAUCACCGAAAAACCAGGAGCAUUACCUCACUUAAUCUGAGACACGAAAGAAAUGAAAGGCAUAAGGACAUAAAAAGAAACUCAUUUAAGCCUGCUGAGUAUGCAGCAGAGAUGAGCUGUUCAGUACAACAUGAGCUGUCUGAAGAGAAACCAAUUUCCCCAAAGUUGUACCCUUCGCAUCAUGGCUGGUGA